UCAAGUUUAGCAUAUUGGUCAACGCUAUUCAUAUAUUCUGACCUAGUGUCUGACUACCCGGUCAUAUUUUUUUCAGGCACCGAUGACGUCCUUCCGCCGACCCAAAGCAUGGCGGCGGCCGACCAGGAGGUGGUUCUGCUCGGCCUGUGUGACGGAGCAGCGGACCCGAAGGAACACACUUCGUCAUGUCUGAACAGCAAGAUCGGGGACCAGCCGGACGUGUUCCCCGGAGGGUCGCGGCCAAGCACGGACUGCCCUCUCUGCGGGGUGCCGCUGGUCCACGUUGUCCAGGUGUACUGUCCGCUGGAGGGAUCCCCCUACCACAGGACCCUGCACCUGUUCGCCUGCACCCGGCCCGCCUGUAGCGGCAGACCCCGGGCCUGGAGGGUCCUCCGCUCACAGGCCUUAGAGACGGAGGUCCUACCCACCGGCCCGGUCCCGGACCCACCGGUGCCUCUGGCUGCGGCGACGGACUGGUGUGACGCCGCCGACGACUGGGGCAUGGAGGACGACAUCGGUGACGUUCCGACCAACGAACUCCCGCCUCAGGUGGUGGAGAAGCCUCCUGCUGAGCAGCCGGUUCUUCUGGUUCCCCCGGAGGCGGAGGUUCACCAGGUCCCCUCGGAGGUGGAAGUCAGCGCUGGGCUGCAACAGCUCUCCCUGCGGGGCGACGCGGCGCUGCUCCGAGGCUUCUACAUCAGCGUGGUGGAGGAGUCGGAGCUCCGCGGCGGGGAGGCUGGCCUAGAGCACGCCCAGCGGCUGCUCCGGGAGUACGAGGAGCGGGAGGGGACCUCCGUGGGGACGGCCCUGGAGGGCGAGGAGAACACCUCCGGCGGAGAAAAGUACGAAAAGAGCCGAGCCCGCCACGGAGACGCGGCAUUCAGCCGAUUCAUGAAGCGGGUGUCGCUGUGUCCGGAGCAGGUCCUCCGGUACAGCUGGGGCGGGGAGCCGCUCUUCAUCUCAGACCUGCCCUCCAACUGGGCACAGAUGGUACCGGUGUGCGAUAGCUGUGGCACCCGCAGGACCUUUGAGCUCCAGCUGAUGCCGGCUCUGGUCAGCCUUCUGCGGCCAGCGGGACCGACCCCGGACCCCGGAGUACCGACCCCGGAUUCCGCGCCGCUGGAGUUUGGGACGGUGCUGGUGUUCACCUGCGGGGGCAGCUGCUGGACGACUGGCUCCUCACCGCGGGAGGAGUUCGUCUUCCUUCAGGACGACCCGGAUCAGCAGCUGUUCAUCUGAUUAUGGUGCUUCUACCGUUCACUUGUUGCUGCUGGGCCAAUAGGAGGGCUUGUUGUAAAGUCCUCUUGAUGGAAGGGGAUGCUGCUGUUUGCUCAGGGAAGACUGAAGCUAGUGUCAACAGAAGGCCCGGGUUUAUCGGUCUAGGCACGUGAAUGUGGAGUUUUCUAAUAAACAAAUGUAUUCAUCA